CGGUCUCAUAAAGUCACCAAAAACACACAAAAUUUGAGGUGACGGUGAGUGUCGUUUUUAUUUAUUAAAUCUUUUAUCGUGUUCAUUAAUUUCUUGCGAUAAGAAGUAUGAUUCGCGAGUGAGCCGUUCUGCGAAUUCAAAAUCGAGUAAAAGAAAUUAAAUUUUCGGUGAGUCGACUUGUGGCAUACAGUGCAGAGCAAAGGAAGCAAACAUUGGCAAGGAGCAACGGUGAAAAGGACUUGCAUUUUGAUGACGUUUUCUUUUGUGACCGGAAUCAUAGUGCAAAUGUGAGUGGCCUGCGUGCGUAGAUAACCUGCCGAGAGACGAAGCAAAACAUCGAACUUUUUUGAGGCAACAAGCGGCGCUCUAUUUUUGGAUACCCUCGAAGUUCGUUCAUGGAUUCAAGUGGUUAUUAUUAGAUUGACUUUUUGAGCAGGAAAUUUUGGCCGAUUUGCUGAAUAUUGGGACACGUACGCCUAUCAUUUUCGCUGGUAUUUGCGAAUGAAUAUCUUAGAUUUGAUUUGACGUGAAACAAAGGUUUGAUUGACGGUCAAAAGCAGCCCAGAGAAACCUGGUACCAUGGGGGCUAUAAUUUCACGAUUUCGGAAAGAGAAAACCACCUACCAGAUACUGGAGAAUCUGGAGGAGAAGAUAAGCGAUCUCGAAGCGUACACAAUAAGUACCCAGGAGCGACAGAAGCGCUUCGUCGCCAAUUUUCUGGUCAUCUCGAUCGGUCUGUACGUGAUAUCGUUCGCCGUAUUCUACUUUGUGUUCUUCCCGCCAACAUGGAACGAACGGAUCAUCCACUCCCUACCACUGCUGAUAUGUCCGAUGAUUAUCACUUUGAUCAAGAAAGGACUAGCAUGGUACUUCGAGCGUAAGGUGAUUAUCAACACGAACGAGCUGAAAGAGCUCCGAGCAGAGAAGAAGAAAAUCCUGGAGAAAGUUAUGGAUAAGGAAACGUACAAAGUGGCGGUGGAUAUUUUAAACAAAUUCGGCGAAAAGUCUUUUAAAAUGCAGAAUCAGGGAUUGAGUGGUUUAUCACCAACGAAAGGACCCCAACCGAUGCAGAUGACUCCAAAAGGACCAACCCAGAUGAGACCAGCUCAAUCAGCCCCAGGGCCACAAAUGACACCAGUUCGACAGCAGUUGCCCAACACCCCGAUUGGGUUCAACGUCGGCACAAGACAGCCCAAUGCAGGCAUGCAGGGAUCUUUCUAUCAACCCCAUUCCGCUGGCAUCAUUCAACGGCCCAUGGGAAUGGUACCGGGGUCAAUGCAAACCAUGCCUUACCGCCGCACACCCUAUCCGAUCAUCAAUCACAACCAAAAGGGAGUAAUCGAGAAGAUGGUUGACUAUCUUGUGGGCGAUGGGCCAAACAGUCGUUUCGCCAUGAUUUGCAGUCAGUGUCUCAUGCAUAAUGGUAUGGCUCUGCAGGAAGAAUACGAGUAUGCAGCUUUUCGAUGUGCCUUUUGUGGUGUGUACAAUCCAUCAAAGAAACAACGACCACUGGCACCGAAGCUACCGUUCGAGCAAGCACAACUAGAUAAACUCAAGGAGCAACACGGUUCAUCUUCAUCUCUGGCAGAAUCCGAACCAUCCUCUUCGGAAGAAACUGCCAGUGCAGAAGCAGACACUGAAGUACUCGACCAAGAGCUUACGAUUGCACCCGAUCAAGGCGAUCUCCAAGAAGACGUCAUGCCAGAAGCCGAUAUGGCUAGCACAUUUCCGGAAGAAGCAGUUGAAGAUGGAGAUCAACAAAUCACCUCUACUGAAGAACACACGGAACAAUCUAAAGCUGGCAUAAAAGCAGACUAAACCCAGCAACGCGGGAGAAAUUGCCCAUCGUUUGUGAAUAGAGUGCAUAGCACAAAGUCAUCUCGGACACCCGGAUGGCUUUCUAUCUCCUUGCAUGACUUUGUUUCGCGCUUGUCAAGCUUCAGUCGAAAAGUGCAUAACCAGCAAAGCCAUAGCCAACGGAGUCCUCGAAACGAAUCAGCAGCCAGAGCAAUCGAUCUUCUACCAGCGCGGGUGCCACUUCUUGAUCCAACGCAGUACACCAGUGCUAGAGGAAAGAUGCGGAUUGUCUUUGUGUAAAAUUUUAGUUAGAAUUUUUUUUAACAGGCGCCGAAUACUAUCUUUUUAGCUUCCUAAGACGUGUUUUCUCAAAACCGGGCAUAGCUGUAUACUUCCGAUGCAUAUUGUUAGGCAUUCAUUUUCAUAGGAUUAGACAGUAGACUGACUUGUUAAGUACACUUCAUUCUAUUUUUUGUUAUUUUUUUGCAAGAGAUUUCACUAAUUGAAACCCGAAACAGAUCCUAGUAACGUUGUAUAACUACAUAACUAAGACAAGCAUUUACAAUCUAGCAAUACACUGCAGCAGGCACUUACAGAGACGGGAAAAAAAAACAAAGCGAGUGAACAUAUGGAAUGGACUAAGCUAUUAAAACGGACAUUUUACAGGUUGAAUUGCGCUGUCAUGAGAUUAAAAAAGGCAAAAAAUUGGACGUGGAUGUUAAGUCACUAGUUUGAACUGGACAGGUAGUGUGUGUGGGCAAAUAUAAUAGAAAAAAUGAUUGAUUUAAUUUAUUGGAUAUAAAAUAAUUGAUUACUCGAGUGUUAAUAUUAAUUAACAAUUUGUUAUCGUUUUAUAAAAAAAAAAGUCAAAACUAGCGAUAACCAGAAAUAACAAAUAUAACUUAUUGUUAUUGACGA